AGGAACAAAGUCCUAAUGGUAGAUUCCGACCUCCUCACAAAACUUCCCCAACUCCAUUCAAAAACAAACCUUUCGACCAUACAGUCACUGACUCCUCUCCUCCACUCCAUCUCCUCCCUCGCCAAAGCUCAAUUCCCCAUCAACUCUCUCCCCAUCCUCUCCUUCCUCCUCCCCCUCCUCCGCUCUCCCUCGCCGCCCACCGACGCCACAACCCUCACCUCCACCACCACCACUCUCUACAACCUCUCCACUCAACUCGACAACUCCAAAUCCAUCAUCUCCGCCGGCACAGUGCACCUCCUACUCAACCUCUGCUUCCUCCAAACCAAAGCGACAGAACCCGGCCUCGCAACUCUAGCAAACCUUGCACUCACCGAAGAAGGAAAGAGAGCCAUUGAAGAAGACUCAUUAGUCCCCGAAGUGUUGGUGGCUGUCAUGGCAAGAGACGAGGAGCCAAAGUGUCAGGAGCUGGCGGCUUAUCUAUUGAUGGUUGUUGCGAGAAGGAGUGUGGAGAAGAGGAGGAGAAUGGUGGAGGUGGGGGUUGUUGAAAUGUUAAUGGAGGUUGGGCUGAUAGGGAGAAGCAGGCUGGUGAGGGAAAGAGCGAUUCGUAUGCUUGGGUGGCUUAAGGAUGGGAGGAAUGGAGAGAUGGAGGAAGGAGAUGUGAAGAGUUGCAAAAGAGAGAUUAGGUGUAUGGUGAAGCAGAGCCUUGAUAGGAAUAUGGAGAGUAUAUUGAGGAGGGGUGGAGGAAAGAAGAAGAAGAAGAAUUGUUCUGAUUUGAAGCUUUUUGUUGCUGAUUAAUAUUUUGUUUGGGACUGUUUUCUUACUGCUCCAUAAA